CAGCAGCCAAGCUUAUACAUCGCAGCAAGGCAUCUGAAGUUGUGCUAGAAUUGUGCGUCGAUUGGAUUUGUGAUGUUUAAGCUCGGAACAUUCACUAUUCGUGCUACUGCAGUGCUAUUAUCCACCCGCGUUUGGUAAAGCUCGCGUUACUAUUUGCGCAUCGGAGGAAGACGACGAGACGCAGGAUUCUUGCCAUCCAAGACAACUCGGGAGUCUGUGCGUAAACCAUCAAUGCCAAAUGCCUUGAGACGCAUAAUGAAGCGAAACAUUAGAUUGUCUGGCUACGUUUCCCAAUUGCCACUGUGAAACGACCAGUGUCGAUGCCCAACAAAUGUGCGGUUGUGCGAUUUGUCGAUAAACUAGAGUACGCAUGUAGCAACUCUAACAUGCAAUAAGCCAAUAUUCAAUAGUGCAGUGUGUAUCGUGUAAGCGUAAUCGUUGCGCAUAACUUUUCCAAACUCAAGCCACAGAGGCAUAAGGGCACAAUGUGUGGCUUGGUGCAUUUUCUUUUCUACCUCUCCCUGCUGAUGGUUAUAAAGGGUUCGCUGAGUCGGGCACGCCUUGCAGAUGAACUUCGGUGCGUAACGUACGCGUGCAAGGAUGGAGAGUGCAUGGAAGGAGAGGAGGUUUGCGACGAGACGGAGCCCGAGCGGGGCGGAGGGUGUUUCGUCGUUUGGAUGACGAACAAUGUGACCAACGAGAUCAACGUAACGAUGAAAGGUUGCUUUACGCACCCGACCGACUGCAAUCAUACCGAGUGCGUCGACACGUCAACCGAUAUGAGGAAAAAUCUCAACUUCUGCUGCUGUCGCGGUAACCUAUGCAACAAGGAGCAAAAAUGGGUCCCGAUCUCAACGAAGGCACCGGAGUUGGCUGAGUCGGUAGCCGCGGAAGCCAACUGGCCAAUCAUUCUCGUCAUCUCACUCACGUCCUUUGUGAUUGCGCUGAUCUUGCUGUGGGCCUACUAUUUCACCCAUCAGAAGCAGGCUAUGUUCAACGAAAUUCCGACGGUUGAACCGGACAUUUCGAGCUCGUCCACCAACAUUUCCAACCGGCCAAUUGACCUGAAGGACAUCAAAGCCCGUGGACGAUUCGGUGUGGUAUGGCGUGCACAGCUGGGUAACCAGGAGGUGGCAGUCAAGAUUUUCCCCAUGCAGGAGCGCCAGUCGUGGAUCACCGAGCAGGACAUUUUCAAGCUGCCCCGUAUGAACCACCCCAACAUCCUGGAGUUUAUCGGCUGCGAAAAGCGUGUCGACAUGGCCAGCACGGACUUCUGGCUCAUCACGGCCUACUGUGAAAAUGGGUCGCUGUGUGAUUUUCUGAAGGCACACACCGUCAGCUGGACAGACCUAUGCAAGAUCGCCAGUACAAUGGCGCGUGGUCUUACGCACCUGCACGAGGAGGUACAGGGUACGCGCACCGACGGUCUCAAACCCUCGAUAGCCCACCGUGAUUUCAAGAGCAAAAACGUGCUGCUCAAGGCGGACCUUACUGCGUGCAUCGCUGAUUUCGGCUUGGCCCUAGUAUUCACACCAGGAAAAUCGUGCGGCGAUACGCACGGACAGGUCGGUACGCGCCGCUACAUGGCACCGGAGGUGCUCGAGGGAGCGAUCAAUUUCACCCGAGACGCAUUCCUGCGCAUCGACGUGUACGCGUGUGGGCUCGUCCUGUGGGAGCUGGUAUCACGCUGCACCGUCCACGGCGGCCCAGUCGACGAGUACCGAUUGCCAUUCGAGACCGAGCUUGGGCCUCACCCGACGCUGGAGGAAAUGCAGGAAAACGUGGUGACGAAGAAGUUGCGCCCACGCAUCUUUGAUCCCUGGCGAAACCAUGCAGGCCUGAAUGCAAUCUGUGAAACGAUGGAGGACUGCUGGGAUCACGAUGCCGAGGCCCGGCUGUCAUCUUCCUGCGUGCUCGAGCGGCUCUCGCAGUACGCCCGGUUUCCAACACGCCAAUUUUUCGUCGCCACCAACACCACCAACGAGCUGCCGACGAAGAUUGCGUCCGAGAGCGUCUGAAAGCAUACGCCACUCUCGUACGCUGCAGGGGAACGGGUGCGGACGGAUGUGUCCCUCCCGUGCCGAGUUCCGUCCGGACAGGAAACGUUGCCAAGAAUUGCGCGGGACAGCACGAAUAUAUUGCGAUAUUGAGAAUCGAAAGGAUAGGACGGACGACGGAUCACCGUUGCUUUUAUGCGCAUUGGAAGCAAUGAGGUGAAAGCAAUUGAUCGGACCAGAAUGCGUUCUGGCGAAGGUGAGAAGUAUUUGUGACCCCUGAUUUUUUAAACGAUAGAAAACAAUUUUGACAUAGACACAUUACAUUUUCUACGAUAUGUAUGUGGUAUGUAUAUAACGCAGCGAUCGUCAUAUACAUACUAUAUGUAAAAUAUCAUCUUCAUUAAACUGUAAUACUACAUAAAUGUAUCUUAAUAUAUGGAUGGGUAGAAUAGCUCGAUAAAGUGGCAUGCCCUACGGGGGGAAAACCCCGAAGCAGUGACACUAAAUGUAUAUUGUUUUGGCUAGGCUGGUUGGAGUGCACCCUCCAUGGUUGUGUUUGUUCUGAUGUUCAACAUGGACGGUAUUAAGAUUUAUUUCCGCACGUACCUAGUUCCGGUAGCCACCGCCAGUAGUGCAAAGCCGAGCUAGAGAGCUUUUUCUACGUUUGUAUAUAAGCUCGCGAAGUACGUAAAUUGGUACAAGUAACUUAUGUUUAAGAAUGCAAGCAAACUGUUGAGCUGAAAGCAACAGAUCCUUUCCACUCGUCGCUUACAACGACCUUCUUCCCGGUCCCUUUCUAUAGUGAUACGAACGAAUAAUAUAUGUACUGUUGUUACAUUGGCA